AGUGUGGAUAGCUAUUAAGCGACAAGAUAUAGCUAUUUGUUAGCAAGAUACCUAACAGCUAGCUUGCUCGCCAAGUGUAAAGGGAAAACAAAAGGAUAAUAGAUUGAAUGGAAAUUCUUUUUUUAAGAGUCACCUAGAUAGCCAACAGUUCAAACAAUGAUAUUUUUAAACCCGUCUGUUCAGUCUCAGGUAACUGUGCCGUUGGCCCAUAUCAUUAAUGCCCUGCACUCCUUGAAAGCAUCAGUCAGCUCUACUGCCAUCACUUCAGUUCAGAGUCAUCAGAAAGAUCUUUCCCCAAAGUAUGACCUACUUCUCAGUGGGCCUGAAGGACAGCAAAAUGACUUGGGGCUGUCAGAGCUGAGACUGAGUGCAGUAAAUGAGGAGUUGACCAGGCUUCUGCCCAUGCUAGCUCCUGAGGAGAGCCCACACCUUAUGACCCACCAUCUCUCCUUAAGAUGGAAAAUAUCUCACAUCUCUACAUGUUCCUUCUUUCACAACAAACAUGGCUUCCCUCACAGAGCACCAGGCAUAUUUGGCUCUCCAGUAUUCUACAGACAAAGUUGCAGUCCUCUUCAGGCAGCCUGCUCUGAUCUUCAGCGUUUGCAGGUGUGGGUUCAGAGCAGAGGCUUUAAGACUCUGAGGUCAAAGGCUAGACGCCUGCAGCCUAGCAUUGAGAGUUCAACAGAACCAGAUAGCUACACUCCAGCAUUCAUGAAGGGUCUCCUCAAGAGGGAAAAGACUGAUGUUGAGAGUCUCAACCAGCUAACGAGGCAAAGGAAUCUACCAGAGAACCUACAGGAUGCAUUUAAGACUGGCUUCACGGAGGGCUUCAUGAAAGCUCAAGCUCUAAUGCAGAGGACCCAAGAUUCACUUAAGAGGACCCGUCUGGUUUUACUUGUCCUCUUGCUUAUUGGUAUCUAUGGUCUGUCAAGAACCCCGUUUCUCUCCGUCCGUUUCCGUACUACUUCAGGGCUUGAUUCUGCACUGGAUCCUGUGCAAAUGAAGAAUGUCACCUUUGAGCAUGUGAAAGGAGUGGAAGAAGCAAAGAAUGAACUUCAGGAUGUUGUUGAGUUCUUGAAGAAUCCCCAGAAAUUCACUGCACUUGGUGGAAAGUUACCAAAAGGUAUCCUCCUGGUGGGUUCCCCUGGAACCGGAAAGACUUUGCUUGCCAGAGCUGUGGCAGGCGAGGCAGACGUGCCAUUCUACUAUGCAUCGGGGUCAGAAUUUGAUGAGAUGUUUGUGGGUGUUGGAGCAAGUCGCAUCAGGAACCUCUUCAAAGAGGCAAAAGCUAACGCCCCCUGUGUAAUAUUUAUUGACGAGUUGGACAGUGUGGGUGGAAAGAGGAUUGAGUCACCCAUGCACCCAUAUUCACGACAGACCAUUAACCAGCUCCUUGCUGAAAUGGAUGGGUUUAAACCAAAUGAAGGGGUUAUUGUUAUUGGGGCAACAAACUUUGCUGAAGCUUUGGACAAUGCUCUGGUGAGACCAGGUAGGUUUGACAUGCAAGUCACGGUCCCCAAACCUGAUGUGAGAGGACGUACAGAGAUCCUGAACUGGUACUUGAAAAAAAUCAAAGUGGACUCGGCUGUGGAUGCAGAAAUCAUUGCCAGGGGAACAGUGGGCUUCUCUGGAGCAGAGCUGGAGAACUUGGUGAACCAGGCUGCACUAAAGGCUGCUGUAGAUGGGAAGGAGGAGGUGACCAUGAAGGAGCUGGAGUUUGCUAAAGAUAAGAUCCUCAUGGGCCCAGAACGUAGGAGUGUGGAAAUUGACAAGAAAAACAAGACUAUCACAGCUUAUCAUGAAUCUGGUCAUGCCAUUGUGGCAUAUUACACCAAGGACGCCAUGCCUAUCAAUAAGGCUACAAUCAUGCCCCGAGGCCUCUCUCUUGGUCAUGUGUCUAUGCUUCCUGAAAAUGACCGGUGGAGUGAAACCCGAGCUCAGCUUUUAGCUCAGAUGGAUGUUAGUAUGGGUGGCAGGGUAGCAGAAGAACUCAUCUUUGGGGGUGAAAAUAUUACUACAGGAGCGUCAAGUGAUUUUGAUGGAGCCACACAGAUUGCAAAGAUGAUGGUGACACGAUUUGGAAUGAGUAACAAGCUGGGAGUCAUGACCUAUGCUGACCUGUCCAAACAAAGCCCAGAGACACAAGCUGCUGUUGAGCAGGAGGUCAGGGUACUGCUGCAGGACUCAUAUGAGCGUGCUAAGAAACUCCUCAAGACGUACAGCAAAGAGCACAAGAAACUGGCAGAUGCUUUGCUGACUUAUGAGACUCUGGAUGCAAAAGAGAUUCAGAUGGUCCUAGAGGGCAAAUCUUUGGACCCAAGAUGAGAUUGUUCUCGAGUUUCAAAGAGAGCUGAAGGCAUAAUCCUCUACUUUUAGACAUAAAUGGAAUGAGACUCUUUGACAAACUGCAGUUCAUCCUCUAUAAAUCAUCAUGAACAAAUGUGCUAAAAUUGUUUUAAUUAAAAAAAAAUUGUACUGUUUUUGUCUACUUGAUGGACAAAAUUGCUGUUAUAAAUUAUAUUUAUUUCAAGGUUUUUAGGGCUCUCAAAUUUUAAAGAGAAUCCCAUUUUCAACCUAUUUAGAUUUUUUCAAAUAAUUUGGUUAUGUGUGUACUAUGUCUCCUUAGUUACCUGUGUACUAUGUCUCUCCUCUAUCACAGUGAAAAUGGUAAGGUAAGCACCCAACUCCACAUUGUGUUCCAAAGGGAGAGGGGACUGAGAAUAUGAACACAAUGGGGAUCCACAUAGCUACCCAUCUCAACUGGGUCUCAAAAAUGUAGGAAAAAGAAAAUAUUUCAAAAUGGCCAUAAAAUCUCAUUGUGGUAUGGUUACACAGAGUUAGAUAAGUUUGUGGAAACAGAAUGCCCUGGGAUGCAUUUGAGUGCCCUCAAAAUGAGGACUUUUGCAAAUGUUAUAGAACUUUAUAUGGGGGGGGGGGGACAGGCACAGUAUUUUAAUCUCCAAUUUUACAUCUAUUUGUUUAGAGAAAACUAUUUAGAAAGGCAGACUUUAUUGUAAUAAACAGCAUUCAGCCAAGAAUGCAACAUCAGAACAUGAGUACUGGUUUAAUGCCAAUCUAAAUGGCUGAUUUGUUGGAGUGAAGAGAAAUGUUAUAUUAAAAAAAAAAAAAAAACUGUUUCCAUGUACACUUCUGUCUUUUAUGUUAAAUUUUGUACAAGUUAUGUAGUUGGAUGCACAAAAUAGUGAUUUCUAUUCAGUGUUUUAUUUAUUUGUCAAAGUCUAGUUUCUCAUGGUGCUGCUUUUCAGUUUCACUGUUCUUCAUUUGGCCAUUUUACUAGCCAGUGUAUGAGUGGAAAGGGAGCCAUCAUGGCUGUUUGUGUAAAUGCAGCUGUCUGUAUAAUAUUUAUGAGGAGUGAAACUUAUUUGUCUAGUUAAGAAUAGGUGAUGGCAAAAGACUAAUAAAUUGUUUUUCAAAUCCUU